GCGUAGCCAAAGUGUUCGACCGGCGAAGAAAGGUGGGCUAGUAGUGGUGCACAUGACAGCACAGAGGCGCCUGACGGGCGAGCGCGGAAUGCCAUCCAUCUACUCACCACACGUCUUGCGUUGGUCAACCCGCACGUCGCGUGGAUUUCCACAAUGUGAUGCUCGUGCCUCAACGAUUGUCACCACGCCGACCGAAGUGGUCGACCAAGCACUAGUGACAUCAACCCGCGACUCCUCAACAACGUCGAUGCCACGAGAAUCACACAACAACGACACGUUGCUUGCACUGGCGGAUGCUCAUUGCGUGGUGGACCUGACAGGCAAGUGGCGACGACUCAAGUUGUCACCGCCUUCGCAGUGUCGCAACCUCCAACUCUAUCGCGGCGCGUCAACUCAAGGACGUGGCCGAAGCGGGAUGGUCGAGCGUUCGAUGUAUGCGAAAACGUCCGUCGUGGCGUCCCUCGCUGCUGUCACAACACUCCUACGAGGUGCUAACCCACAGUUCAACCUUGCGUUCCAUCGCGAUACCGUUGAGCACGUUACGGUGGCGUCGAUCCAUCGCUCCCCAGCACACACCGUCAGCUUUCUGCAUGAUACACUCAUGCAUGCGAAUGCUGCGUGUGACCUCUUCUAUCUGCAGUGCCAAGAAACCUUGGAACUGAACGACAACCGACAAGGGUUUGUGUCCGCCAUGCACUCUGCAUGUCGUCCUUCAUGCCAUGGCACAAGACUGGUUGGUUUGAAACCGGCACUUCCGCGAGCCUCCCUACGCCACUCCGGCAUCAUCGCCGUCGAAUCGCCUCUCCUUCCAGGGGUAGUCGACAUCGUCUACGUCCUCCACAUGGCUUUCGAUCCUCCCAUGGCUGCAACUUCGUGUGACAAGAUCAUGUUGCAACGACUCUUGAGUCUGCAGUGCAUCGCAAAGUUCGCCUCACCCCGCGGCCUGCGGUGGCUCAACAAGCUUCUGCCGGCAUGAACGUGGCGGAAUAAAUAUCGAAUUCAUUUAUUGAAAGAUAGUUGUUCCAAGAUCGGUGCAUUUUCUACACCAACCUCCAUUGAAGUAAAUGAAUCGUCGAAC